AUGACCAGAAAGGUUGUUGUUGCUCUUGACCCUUCCUCAGACGAGGCUUCUUACACAAUUGAAUGGAUAAUCGAAAAUUUCUUGAAACCGGAAAUAGACGACGUGCGUCUUAUCUCUGCUGUUUCUCUGAACUCUGACUUUGACGCCGAUGAAUUAGGUUUAUAUACAAUGUCUUUGACAGAAGAGAUUAUGCAACUUGAGAAAGAGAUUAUAGAAAAGACACGAGAAGCUAUGAACGACUUCCUUGAGAUAUUGCAGGCUGCAAACGUAAUUAAAGCAACUAUUGCUUUCUUCCGCGUGCUUUUAAUUCAAGCAUCAUUUUAUUAUUUUCAACAGAUUAAUGCUCGUGUGGAAGUAUUAAAAUCGUUGUCCGACUCGCGUAAUAUCGUUGUGGAGUAUAUUGAAAAUGAAAAGGCCGAUAUCUUGAUUAUGGGUUCGCGUGACUUGAGCACGUGGAAAAGACUUUUCCUUGGUAGCUUCUCGGAUUUCUGUCAACAGAAUUCCCAUUGUCCCGUUCUCAUUGUAAAAAAACGACAGAAAUGA